AUGACACGUCCGCUGCUCCGUCCGCUUUGCUGCGGCGUUGGCCGACAAAGGUUUUUGUCUGUGUGCAUCUUUCUGGCUGCCUUUUCUCCUGCCUUGCUUGCCUGCUCAAACCGCGUAUGGCCAGACGGGGCUUCUCCGCCGGCAAGCUACUUCCUGAUAGUUGAGCCCGAGGGAAUCACCAAACCCCGCACGCAAGAAGUUUCCCUGCUCGGUGGACAGAGUUUCGCUCUGGUCGAUAAGACAGCAAACGGGCUCGAAUUCAACCCGGCCUCCUGGGACACGACAGCGCUCCCGUUCGAUGACUCCCACUGUCAGACAGACCAAACUAUUUCCAUGGGUUCGCUCUUCCCGGAGGCGACUGCCCAACUCUGGAGCCAGGUAGCUCCCCAGCCCGCUGAGGCGGAGGCAGGGGUGAAGAAAAUCUACAAAUUCGUCACUCCGCCAAUGGAGCAACUCCCGCGAAAGGCCGUCAACUUCUGUCUCGUGGCCUACAACAAACAAGCUCGCGGAUCGAGAACUGGCACCACAACCGAAUCUGAAACAGCCGGGCCAGCUCUCACACUCGUGUUUCAUGCAGCUGGACCACAAGCCACGUUCGGCAUCGCACUCGCCACUGUUUUCUUACCUCUCUUUUCCGUCUUUUAA